GGAGAGCAGAAUAUUUUUCUCAGAGGAUCAACAUUUCCUCCUAGUUUUGGUUUUAUUUUUAUUUUGUUUUAUUGCUUUCUGUUUCUCAUUGUCUAAGUAAUCAAAAAUGUGGGAGUUCCGAUCAAUAACCUUUUGGAGGGCAGUUUUUGCUGAAUUUUUUGCAACUUUGAUUUUUGUCUUCUUUGGUCUGGGGUCAUCGUUCAGAUGGACCCCUGGUCCCCUGAAUGUCCUACAGGUUGCACUAGCUUUUGGGCUAGCAUUUGCCACUCUUGUUCAGUCUGUAGGCCACAUUAGUGGAGCCCAUCUGAAUCCAGCUGUGACUUUUGCUUUCCUUAUUGGUUCUCAGAUAUCUAUUUUUCGGGCUUUAUUUUAUGUAGCUGCCCAACUACUUGGGGCAGUAACUGGAGCUGCUAUACUUUAUGGGGUCACUCCUUCUACAUUCCGAGGGAAUAUGGCAUUGAAUACGCUUCGUCCUGGAGUAAGUCUUGGUCAAGGUACCACAGUUGAGGUGUUCCUGACUCUUCAGUAUGUGCUGUGUGUUUUUGCAACAACAGACGAACGUCGGACUGGACGACUUGGCUCUGCAGCUUUGGCUAUUGGAUUCUCGAUCACACUUGGGCAUCUAUUUGGGAUGUAUUACACCGGUGCCGGAAUGAACCCAGCACGAUCCUUCGCUCCUGCAGCCCUCACCAGAAACUUCAUUAAUCACUGGGUGUACUGGGUAGGACCACUCAUCGGUGCCACCAUUGGAGGAGUGGUGUACGAUUUUAUCCUGUUUCCCAGGAUGAGAGGACUAUCAGAACGACUAGCAAUCCUCAAAGGAAACUAUCCAGUAACAUCUAAGCGACCCCAGGAAAUCCAAGUUGAUCCCAUAGAGCUGAAGACAUAAUCUCUAUAAAAAGGAAACAGCACUUAGACAAGAGCCAGAACCAAACUCUCCUCAUCACUGCUUACACCAGACUGUCAGUAAAGGAGGGCACUGUUAUUUACAUAAUCAGGGAGGGACAGAAUUUUUUUUUUAAGGGAGGGACAGAAUGUUUUAUUCCAUUCCUUCAUUGACAGGGAAGCAAAAACUCCCUUUACUACCAUUUUAUGCAUUGUGUGGCUAUUUUAAAGAUAUGAUGCCUCUCUGUUUUACAUUUAUUUCCUAUUUUCUUCAGUGGAUAGUUAAAAAAGCAGUGCUCUUCUUCUCAAAUCAUGACAAGAUAAACAGACUAUCACUUCUGUAGAAAACACCAUAAUCAAAAUGGAACAUGUACAGUCCUCAACUGAAAAUGUAUCUCUGGAAGAGUUUGCUUACAACCACAGUUCAAAUAACUUUGACAGCUGAAGCGACUGAAAUGCAGUGUGCACCUAGUCAGUUUCAGGAAGCAAUGUACAGCCAAUUCCACCUACUAGGAUUAUGUUUACUUGACAUUUUCUUGUUACAGAAACUCUGUCAUAAAUAGGCUAACAUGCUUAGCCCCUACGUAAUCAGCAAUCUGUAUUAUCUAUUUAUUGAUGCGUUUACAAACUUUGAACUCGUACACUUUGUGAUCUACAAGGGAAUCAAAGGGUGACAGUAUAAAAAUGAAUAAAAAAAACACGUGUA